GUAAACUCCACCAUGGCGGCGAGAGGCCAUGUGCAGGACCCCAACGACAGGAGACUCAGACCUAUAUACGAUUACCUUGACAAUGGCAACAAUAAAAUGGCGAUACAGCAGGCAGAUAAACUGCUGAAGAAACAUAAGGACCUGCACUGUGCCAAGGUCCUGAAGGCCAUCGGCCUCCAGAGGACCGGGAAGCAGGAUGAAGCUUUCACUCUGGCCCAGGAAGUGGCCACUCUGGAGCCCACUGACGACAACUCGCUACAAGCUCUGACCAUACUGUACAGAGAGAUGCAACGCCCGGAGUUGGUGACCAAGCUGUAUGAAGCUGCAGUGAAGAAGGUCCCGCUCAGUGAGGAGUAUCACUCUCACCUCUUCAUGGCGUACGCCCGUGUCGGCGAGUACAAGAAGAUGCAGCAGGCAGGGAUGGCCUUGUAUAAAAUUGUCCCCAAGAAUCCGUAUUACUUCUGGUCUGUCAUGAGUCUGGUGAUGCAGGCCAUCUCAGCACAAGAUGAAAAACUGGCCCAGACCAUGUUCCUGCCUCUGGCUGAACGCAUGGUGGAGAAAAUGGUGAAGGAGGAGAAGAUUGAAGCAGAAGCAGAGGUGCAGCUGUAUUUCAUGAUCCUGGAGCGCUUGGGAAAGUGUGUAGAGGCUCUGGAGGUGAUCAGGGGCCCGCUGGGGGAGAAGCUGACCAGCGAGCUGCAGAGCAGAGAAAACAAGUGUAUGAUGCUGUACCAGCGACUACAGCGCUGGCCAGAGUGCAACGCCUUGGCCCACAAGCUGCUGCUCAAAAAUCCUGAUGAUUGGCAGUUCUAUCCCUCCUACUUUGAAUCUCUCUUCCACCUGAUGGAUCAGUCGUGGAGUCCGCCAGAAGAAGGCGAGCACUGUUCGGAGGGUGCGGUGCACCACACUGUGGCGGAGGUGGUGAGGUUUGUGGAAGAGAGAAUCAAGGGGGAGGACGGCAAAGACUCCCGUUCACUCAGAGGCCCGUAUUUAGCUCGUCUUGAAUUAAUGCACAGACUGAGAGAACGAGGCUGUCCAGAAGAAAGCCUGCUGGGUGAGCCUUUAGAGCUGAUGGUGCAGUUCUUUGGGAAGUUUGGAGACAAACCGUGCUGCAUCACCGACCUAAAAAUAUACCUGCAUCUGCUCGCUCCUGAGCAGCACGUUCAGUUCAUUAACCGUCUGAGUGAAGCGGUCCCGCUGGGGGAGCAGGGAGAGGAGGGAUUUGCUUUUCCAGAGGACACCAAAGCACUGCAGAGGCAUUUGUGUGUGUGUCAGCUGAGUCGAGCGCUCGGGCUGCAUCACAGUCUGGACGUGGACGGGAAACUGCGGCUUAUCACGGAGCUCAAGGCUCACUAUCGUCACGGGCUCAAGUUCGGGAAGAACUCUCUGAAGACGGAGCUGCAGUUCUCUGAUAUGUAUUGUCUCAUGGCAGCUCAUGUUUUCAUCGACCUGUGGACAGAGACUGGGGACGAGAACAUGGUGUGGCAGGGUUUGGGUCUCCUGCAGGAGGGUCUGUCUCACAGCUCCUCCAACGCCCAGUUCAAGCUGCUGCUCCUGCUCCUCUACUGUCACCUGGGAGCCUUCGAGCCGGUCGUGGACCUCUACUCCAGCUUGGACGCCAAGCACGUCCAGCACGACACCAUAGGGUUUCUGUUAACACGUUAUGCUGAGUCAUUGGGUCAGUUCGCUGCAGCCUCCCAGUCCUGUAAUUUCUCCCUCAGGUUUUUCCACUCUAACCAGAAAGAUACCUCAGAGUAUAUCAUCCAGGCGUACAAGUAUGGUGCGUUUGAGAAAAUCCCAGAGUUCAUCGCUCUCAGGAACAGGUUGAACCAAUCGCUGCACUUUGCUCAAGUCCGCACUGAGAGGAUGCUGCUGGACCUGUUCCUUGAGGCUGAUAUUGUGUUGAGUCUGGAGGAAAGUGUGAAGGCCAUGUCUUUGUCUGCAGAGGAGGACGACAUCCCCUGGGAUAACAUGAGGGACAACAGAGACCUAACGGUUUUUACCAGCUGGGACCCUAAAGAGAGACAGAUAACCGACGAGCACCGGCGUCGGUCUCUAGAGGAGGAGUCCGUCUGGCUGAGGAUACGCUCUCUAACGCUUCGCCUCCUCGCCUACUUGGCCGGCAUGGGGCACGCGCCCUCGCAACAGAACUCCGAGACGACCAACGAGAACGGCGUCGGGGACAAGAGCUCGAUCCUCGGCAGCCUGCUCUCCCAGCUCCAUCAGACUCUGCAGACGGCCGCUCAGAUGGCAGAGAAAAGCAUACAGUAUCCAUUCCUGGGACCCCCCUCCACCCGCCUGGCCCCAGCUCUGUCCAGUGGGAGCUGCCAGUGUCAGGCUGCGGCCCUCCAGCUGUCUGUCCACCUACAGGAGCUGGAGACUGUGGGACUGGACGAGUCAUCGGAGCUUCAAACCCAGAUCUGUAACGGUUUCAAAUCAUUAGUAGUACAGCUUCAAGAAAUACUGAAUAAAUGCAAAGGAGAUGUAUUGGAAAUGAAAGAGAGCAAAUUAAAAACCCGACCCUCCUUAUUAGAAAACCUAAUCUUCUUUGUUGAGACGGUGUGCAUAGUGUUGUGGAUGGCUAGUUACUGUGCCAAGAUCCUCCGACCUCUCAAGACCAGUCUACAGAAGAAGAAGAAGAAGAAAAAGGAUGCAAACACAGCUCUGCCGGUGGUGGUGUGUGGGUUCCAGGAGCUGACGGGGAGCUUGCAGGACCUGCUCACCCAGGCUUUGGAGCAUAUAAAGGGGCAGGAGACUGGCAUGACGGCCCUUAAACUAGCCAGUUUAAGCUUGGAAGGAUACACACAGGAGGAGGCGUCGUUUGCGAAGGCUGCUAUGGACAAGGUGCAGAGCAGUUACCUGCGCUCGCUACAGGAGGUGGGAGAUCUGCUGAAGAAGAGAGCGGAAACUAUAAAGAACCUCAAGAUCUGAACGCCACCACGCACCCCAAAUUAAGAUGACUAUACUCCCAC